UAUCUAUAUCUUAUUGAGUUCCACAGGAACCCACAACUCCCUUUCUUUGCUCGGGAGCAGAAGAGACCGCUUUGAAAGCCUCAGCUGAACUACCGAAUCUGGACCCCAAAAAAUAACAGAUCCGUUGCUUACCCAUUUUAAUUCCAGCAGCGGUUUCCGGAAAUUCGUCAAAAAGGAACCCCUUUUGAGUUUUGAGGCUCUAGUUCGAAUCUUUCAGCGUUUAGAGAAAUGGUAGAUAACUUGAGGCGCACUCCAAAUAUAACUUUUGUUAUAUUCAGCUUGUGUUUGGAUUUGGAUCAAAGGCUAUAAUGGUUUAUGGUAGCUAAUGUAGGCACAUUAUACCCAAAAAGCUUCUUUGAUUAAAAGAGGGUCAAAGGCAUGUUUUUUCAGACAAUUUUGUUUCUCGUUCUCUACUGGCUUCCGGGAAUUUCGUCUGAAGGACACUUGGAUGUAGCCAUUGUAAUCAACGGCUCAGGUACUAUAGCUAGCAACAAUGAUGAUUUUGUGUGUGCUACUCUUGAUUGGUGGCCCUCUGAGAAAUGCAACUACAAUCAGUGUCCAUGGGGAGGAGCUUCUGUUCUAAAUAUGGAUCUAAAUCAUCCUAUUCUAGCCAAUGCCAUUAAAGCCUUCAAACCAUUGCGGAUCAGAAUUGGAGGUUCUCUGCAAGACAAAGUGGUCUAUGAUGUUGGAAAUUUGGGUUACCCCUGCGAACCAUUUUCAAAGAUGGAUGAUAGGCUUUUCGGAUUCUCUAAAGGUUGUUUGAGCAUGGCCAGAUGGGAUGAACUGAAUCUUUUAUUUCAGAAUACUGGAGCAGUUAUGACAUUUGGCUUGAACGCGCUCAUUGGAAGAUACCAUGUACGCAAUGGCAUCUGGUCAGGUGCUUGGAACUCUAGCAAUGCUCGAGAUUUCAUAGACUACACUAUCUCUAAGGGAUAUCCGGUUGAUUCAUGGGAAUUCGGAAAUGAGUUGAGUGGACAUGGAAUUGGUGCUCGUGUUGGUGUCGAACAGUACGGAAAAGAUGUAAUUAACCUUAGAUCCAUCCUUGAUGAGUUAUAUAAAGACUCCUCCUUGAGGGCAUUACUAGUGGCACCUGGUGGUUUUUACGAGCAGCAGUGGUAUUCUCAACUUCUUGAGGUUUCUGGAUCAGGUGUUGUUAAUGCCAUGACCCAUCAUAUAUACAAUCUUGGUGCAGGUAAUGAUCUGAAUAUCAAACAUAAGAUUAUAGAUCCACAAUAUUUGAGUCAGAUAGAAGAUGCAUUCAGAGGUCUCCAGCUUACGAUACAAAGACAUGGACCAUGGUCUUCUGCUUGGGUCAGCGAAGCUGGUGGUUCAUACAACAGUGGAAGUCCUGUUGUUUCAAAUGCUUUUCUAAAUAGCUUAUGGUACCUUGAUCAACUUGGGAUGGCAUCAAAGUAUGACACAAAGGUUUAUUGUAGACAAUCAUUAAUUGGUGGCAACUAUGGUCUCCUUGACACUGAGACCUUCAUACCAAAUCCUGAUUAUUACAGUGCCUUGUUAUGGCAUCGGGUUAUGGGGAAGGGAGUUCUUUCUAUUGAUCUCAGCGGAUCACCACAUUUACGUGCCUAUGCACAUUGCAGGAAGGAUGAGGGAGGUGUCACAUUGCUGCUUAUUAACCUCAGCAAAUAUGCUGAAUUUGAGGUAUCGGUUCAUAACAAGCUCAAUGUUGAUCUUGAUGACGGAGUGUUUAUUAACAAGAACAACUCUUUCGUGCAUAGCCUUAAAAGAACAGUAUCAUGGUUUGGAAGAAAAGGCUCAGAUGGUUAUGAAAAGAGAGAAGAAUACCAUCUUACUGCGAUGAAUGGAAAUCAUCUAGGUCGAGAAAUGUUACUAAACGGGAAUUUGUUGCAGCUCACUGAAGAUGGAAAUAUUCCCGAUAUGAAUCCUGUAUAUGUUCCUGUAAACUCACCUGUAUCGGUAGCUCCAUUGUCCGUUGCAUUUGUCGUCUUCCCUCAGUUUGAAGCUAGGCCUUGUGCGUGAUCAUAAGUAGUAUAGAUUGUAUUCAUUUAUCGAUUAUUUGUAAUAUUUUCUGGAGAAUAAUUUGUAAAGCAUUAAAUGUCUAAAGCUUUGAUUCUGUAUGUCAUUUAUCUCAGAGAGAAUAAAAACAUUAUACAAAAUGACAAGCUUAUCACUGACAUUUGAA